CGAUGGCCCCUGCGGCGUGAAUCGCGUCGCACGUCGGGUGCCGCACAUGUCAGCGGCGGGCGUCGUAAGUUGUAACCAACUUGGUCGUAACGUCGAUGGCCUUGACGGCCCGGGGAGCUUCGCCUAGGAGGAGCUGCAUGGCAGCGUCGUUGACGCUGUCAACCUGUGCGAGAGACGAGGUGAGCCGCGAGAGUUGGCGGACGACCGAUGUGGUCCACUUGCUGGUGCAAAACGCAGCAUACAGGUUGGGCACUUGAGCGGGGAGGUCCUCGACCUCGUCCUCUCCGGGCUCCCAACUCGGACGAGCUGCUCCGGGAUCUAGCGACCACCAUCUCCCAACGCGGUGUCGUCUUCUUCCGCUCCCAGGACAGCCUCACGGAUGACCUGCAAAAGGAGCUGUUCGGCCGGCUUGGCAAGUUAUCUGGCAAGCCCGAAGCCGACAUCGAAAUCACCGUCAUCUCGUCCAAGCAGUCCAAGAAACUCUACGCCGACCGCCUCCACGGCGCCUCCAGCGGCGGCAAGCAUCAUCAGACCGGCAAGAACCAGCGGCACCCCGACAUCACAUUCGAGGCAGUCCCCAGUGACCACGCCCUGCUGCGGCUGACGCAGCUGCCCCAGACCGGCGGAGCCACCUACGCGCAGCCGCUCUUCAACGAAGCCGCGACGCCGCAACAACUUCACCCUGUACGCCGGCCCGCGCGGCGCGCCCGACAACGCCGGCGACACCCUCGACGCCCGUGCACCCCGUGGUGCGUACCAACUCGGUGA